UAUAAGUUGUUGUUUUAUCGUCAGUUCCGAGAUAACAAUUGAGUAUAAAAUUUAGUUUCAAAAGAACAUUGUGUCAUAUUGGUUUAUUUUGUAAAUAAUCAUGGAAUACUUAUUAAAAUUGUUGUUGUGUCUAAUAUGUGUGGUGACUAACGCAAGGACUAUGUCUAUUAAUGGUUCCGCGUUGAUGAGAUAUGAUCCUUGUGGAUUAGGGGUCUUAUAUUUUGAUAAGGUUACCGAUCGGUUGUGGUUGGGUGUGAUGAAUUUUGAUCUUUACAGUAACUUGGCCAAUGUGGAGGCUGAAAUGAGUUUCGGUCAUGAAGUGUCUGUUUUUUCGGAUAAAAAUCUUGCUGUCUUCAAUAACAACAGCAAUAAAAAUAGAUACAAAUUUAUAGCUAAUAUUAGCAAUGUAAAAAAAAUUACAUUUUAUGUGGGUCUAAUAAAUAACAACAACAAUGACAACUCAUCAAAUUUGCCACUUGUGACUGAGUUCCAGUUGAACAACAUAACUCUAUGUAAUUCAGACAUCAAGACAUCAAUGGCUGUAGAGAAUUUGAAUGUGACUGAAAACGAGGUGGAUGAUUAUCAUCACUUGUGCGGGAGAAAAUCAUUAGACCAUACAGAACUGCUCUCAGUGAGGACUGAAGCCCGCGCUGGUGAUUUUCCUUGGCACGUCGCGAUAUUCAUAAUGGACUUUAACACAGCCGAUGAAGAGUAUUAUUGCGGUGGCAAUAUCAUAUCUAGAACUGCUAUCUUAACAGCUGGUCAUUGUAUGCGGAAAGGUGGCAAGAACAUAGAGACGAAUAGAAUUAAAAUAGUGGCCGGAGUGAGCGACCGAGAUGACCUCUACCAGGUUGGAAGGCAGGUUCAAAUUGCCGAGGAAGCAAUACUACACCCAAGUUAUACAGAUAAGCUUGCCACAGCUGACUUGGCUGUGAUCAAAGUCAACCGCCUGGAGUAUACAAAGUAUGUGCAGCCCAUUUGCUUGUGGGGACCGGUCUAUAACAAACAGAAGUUAUUUGGCAUACAAGCUAUUGUUGUAGGGUUUGGGCAGACGGAAACUAACCAGCCAUCAAAGGUGCUGAGGUCCACUUACACAGUUAUCCAAAAUGACACGACCUGUCUCGACUUUUCUGCCAACAUAUACCAGGAACUUCUGAACGAAUUUACCUUCUGCGCAGGUUACGGACCUAAUUCCAAUAUAAAUCCUAGAAACGGCGAUAGCGGUGGUGGCCUAGUCCUGGGGGUCUUACAGCCCGACCAUCGCAUCAGCCUGUUCCUCCGAGGGGUGCUGUCCAAGUGCGGCGUGUCUCCAAGGCAUACAGACUGCGACCCCACAUUCUACGUAGUCUACACUGAUGUGAGCCCUUACUAUGGGUGGGUGUAUCAUCACUCUGGGCUGAAAUUCACUGUUAAUAUUCCUAGUUAAGAUUUUUCUCACGAAUUGUGAUAUUUAUCUUUAAGAUUUAAUUUUAAUUAAGGUAAGUGUCUACUCAUGUAUCGAUUAUAUUUUGAAUUAGUGAAGCAUGUAGGUAAAGACCUGUUCUAGUUUUUAAUCUAGUUAGAUUUUUACAACUGAAAGUAUAAUGUAUGAACGAAAACAAUUCACAAAGUAGUUAAAUAACAUAUUUUUACUUAAGUAUAACACUGAUUAAAUAUAAAUUAUUAUUCAGUACCAUAGCAUUUUAUCUAAAUUAAAGUUUCUCUUUUGGUACAUUCGCGGGUAGUAAAAUAUCUGGCCUUUGUAUUUCAUUUAACAUUUUUCAAGGAAAUUAGUAUACAAGAAGGUGGAGUGGAGUGUCUUCCAAGAGAAUGAAAAAAAAAAACAAUAUACCGGGGCGACGUUAAAUCACAAUAAACAUAAAACAGAAGAGAUACAUCAUGAUUCACCAAACAAACAUCCACAUAAACAGAUGUAAAUAAAUCGAAAUUUCCAAAA